UUUUACCAACCACCACAGACAAGGCAGAGAAAUAGAAGAAAAGAGCCGCGGACAGAACAAGACAGAACGAGGGAAGCUGCAGACGAGAUAAGGGAACCUCUGGAGUCAACAUCUGGCGACAAGGACCUGAAAAAACACCGGACAGAGGCAACGCUGAGCAGCUUUACUAUCACGCUCAAGCACAACGGGCAUCAACAUGUUUGAGGAGCAGGCGACCAAGGUCAAGAUCAUGUCGGUGGUGAUUGUGGUGGGCAUGUCCUCGAUGCUGGUGGCUGUGGUCACCGACCACUGGGCCGUGCUGAGUCCACGCGUGGAGAAGCUCAACGCCACCUGCGAGGCGGCUCACUUCGGCCUGUGGAGGCUCUGUAAAAAGACCAUCUUCAUUGUGGAGGAGGAUCCUCAGGGCAAAGGUUGCGGCCCCAUCAGCUUACCAGGAGCGAAAAACUGUUCCUAUUUCAAACACUUCACAUCAGGAGAAGAAGCGGAAGUUUUUGAAGUCAAGACCCAGAAAGAGUACAAUAUCUCAGCAGCAGCCAUUGCCAUAUUCAGCCUGUUCUUCAUGAUCCUGGGCACCCUCUGUGUCAUCUUCUCUUUCGGGAAGGGGCGUGACUACUUGCUUCGGCCCGCUGGGAUGUUCUUUGCCUUUGCAGGCCUCUGCAUCAUCAUCUCUGUCGAGGUGAUGCGUCAGUCUGUCAAGCGCAUGAUCGACAGCGACGAGACCAUCUGGAUCGAGUACUACUACUCGUGGUCCUUCACCUGCGCCUGUGCCUCCUUCACCAUCCUCAUCCUCAGUGGAGCUGCCCUGCUGCUCAUCUCCAUGCCCCACAUGCCGCGCAAUCCCUGGGAGACCUGCAUGGACGCUGAGCCUGACACCUUAGAUUAGCCACAGGCGACGAAGCAGACUUCAAGGAACGGUUGAAGUGACAAAAAAAAGUAUUUUACAUUAACAUGUUUUAGCAUUUCAUUUCCCAUAUUCCACAUGUCCAGUGAUUUUAGUCCAUGCUAGUAAAAUCAGCUUAUUGAUAGAGAACAAUAGUUAACAAUGGUGUUCAUGUUGUUUUUCACAUGUAACACAAACAGGCAUUUUCUAAAAACUCUUCCACGUUCCAUUAGAUCAUAUCUGAGUUAUUAGCUGA